UAUUUACAGAUUAUCUUCUUUGAGGAAAAGAACUUCGAGGGCCGUCACUACGAGUGCAGUAGUGACAGUGCUGAGUUGCAGGCCCACUUCACCCGCUGUAACUCCAUCCGUAUAGAGAGUGGCUGCUGGAUGGCUUAUGAGAAACCAAACUACUCUGGCUACCAGUACAUGCUGCACAAGGGAGAAUAUCCUGACUACCAUCACUGGGGAGGUUUUAACGAUCGUAUCCAUUCCUGCCGCAUGGUACCUUCUUAUCAAGGAAACUAUAAGGUGAAGAUCUUUGAGCGCUCUGAUUUUGGAGGCCAGGCCAUGGAGCUGAUUGAGGAUUGCCCAGAUCUACGCACAUGCUUCCACAAUGGUGACAUCUUCUCUGCCAAUGUCUUGGAAGGUUACUGGAUCUUUCACGAGCACCCCAACUACAGUGGGCGGCAGUACUUCCUGCACCCAGGGGAGUACAGGAGGUUUAGUGAGUGGGGCAGUUCCAGUCCUGCUACGGGCUCCUUGAAACGGAUCAUCGAGCUCAAAUGAAAAGAUUUUCUGCUUAACAUACCAAAUUAAUCAUACCUGCUUGUCAUUUGCUUCCAGCAUGAUCUAAUCUUCACAGUAGACUAUGGCGUGACUGCAGAAUCACUAUGUAGCAUGAAUUUCUGUUGUU